AUGUCUACACACUCCCGCUGGGUAAUCCUAGCCCUAGCAAGCGGCGCAUUCGCCGCCCUUAACGGCCUCUUCGCGAAACUGACAACCGAUACGCAAACAGCAGCCUUCUCGAAAUCUCUCCUCGCCUUCCUAAGUCUAACAGGCGAUCAUCCGAUCCUGGAGAUGUUGGUUAGGGGUGCUUGUCUGGGUCUUAAUGUCCUCUGUAAUGUGAUUAUGUGGGCUCUUUUUACGCGGGCCUUGACGGCUGCGCCGUCGACGGUGAAAGCGUCGAUUACGAAUACGGCAGCGAACUUCCUUGUUACGGCUAUGCUGGGCAUGUUGGUUUUCAGGGAGCAAGUGGGUGGGCUUUGGUGGGUUGGGGCUGGGAUGAUGGGGGGUGGGUGUGUUCUGGUUGGGAUGAGGGAUAAUUAG